CGAAGAGCCGCAGCAGAGGAGUGUUCACACUUCACACACACAGCACCAACCAGACACCAUGGUCAAGAUGAGAACAUCCCAACUUACAAUCUCCGCUGUCCAGAGAGGAAUAAUGUCUUCAACAUGAGGCACGUCUUAUAAAUGCAAACUGCAUGAUCAGCCUGGAAAAUCUGGGACGACUUUCAGCUCUUGGCCUGAAAGGCAGUUGCGUUGAGCGUACGAUCCAACAAUUAGGCAACCGAGAACACUUGUAUUCUUGUUUUGUUCGGAGAAAACCCCACAUGAUGAAAUUCAAGCCAAAUCAGACAAGGACAUAUGACGGAGAGGGCUUCAAAAAACGAGCAGCGUGUCUAUGUUUCAAGAACGAUCGGGAGGACGAGGUUUUACUCGUUAGCAGCAGUCGACACCCAGAUCAGUGGAUCGUUCCAGGAGGAGGGAUGGAGCCAGAAGAAGAGCCUGGAGGAGCUGCGGUUCGAGAGGUUUAUGAGGAGGCUGGUGUGAGGGGUACCCUUGGCAGGCUAUUGGGGGUGUUUGAGCAGAACCAGGACAGCAAGCAUCGGACAUAUGUGUAUGUGCUUACGGUUACAGAGACACUGGAAGACUGGGAGGACUCAGUCAAUAUUGGUCGUAAACGGAAGUGGUUCAAGAUUGACGAGGCGAUCCGGGUGCUACAGUGCCACAAACCUGUCCACGCAGAGUAUCUCCGCAAACUCACCCCUCACUGCGGCCCGACAAACGGCAACGCUCAGGAGCCGGAGAACACUGAUGACAACGCCCCCCUCCGCCAGGACUGUGAACUGGCCCGUUUGCACAGAUAGAACUGGCACUAGAGGGCACCGAUGCAAGGAAAACUAUCCUUGGAUUGGAAAAGACAGUUUUGCAUGUAUAAUUUCAUUGUUUACUAUUUGAAACUUUUUUUAAGUGUAGAAACCAAAGGCUUGUCGUGAAAUGCCUGCAAGUUUCCGGGUCAGUAAGAACAAGGAGAGUCGUUUUCAUAAUAUUUCAUUCGUAAACGUGCAUUUCAAGCCAAAUAAGGUACAGUUAUUUGAAGAAGAAGAGUGACGUCAAGUAAGCGCAGAUUUGUGGAGACGUGUGCCGUGAUGGACGUUUUAGAAAUAUUAUUUUACAGAUGCUUUAGGUGGAGGAAGAAAAGGAUGGAUGUGAAAAGGAUUGAUUGUUGUUUAGAAAGGAUAAAGGAGUCUUUUUGAAAUGCUGUCUAUUUAUAUCUAAUAGAUAACUACUCUUAUAUGCUAGGUAUUGGGUAAAAUUCUUGAUAAAGAACCAAAUAGGGGCAAAACAUUAUCAUAAUCAUGAAUUAUAGAAUACAUAAAUAGUCUAAAAGAGGAUUUGGGCUACUUUUGGUUAUAUUAGAUGCCUUCAUCACAGAUAUCUACCUGUAAUAUAGGUUUAACAUGCUGUGAAGUUGAAGGUCUUUUCACAGUUUGGUCUUAAAUGUGAAUUUGCCACAUUAAGCGGUGCAAUGUGAUUACCCUUCUUUCUCUUUGCAGAUAAAGGUUUAAUUUCCCACCUCCUAUAAUUACUUCUGAGCCACUGUCUCUUUAAGACACAAUGGCAUUUGGUAAAAUGUGAGAGAAAAAAACUAAGUCUGUGGCAUUGGUCCAUGAAAGACUAUGUAAUGUUAUGCUGUUUAUAUCUUUAAGACACAAUGGCAUUUGGUAAAAUGUGAGAAAAAAAAAAAAAAAAAAAAACUAAGUCUGUGGCAUUGGUCCAUGAAAGACUAUGUAAUGUUAUGCUGUUUAUAUUGCCUGAAGUGAUAUUCUGAAUAUUUCAGAAAAAGAAUAGGCAUAAACACUUAAUGUUAACCCUACUACAUCUUGUCAAACCUUUUUUUUUUUUUAAGGUCUGCAGAAAUGCAGUAUACAUUUAUUUUGAUUAUAGUAACAGUAACAAUUCAGGCAUCAAUAGCUCAAUCUUGCGAGUUUAAAUAGCUGAGGAGGAAUUUUAUGUAAUUGUGCAUAAUGCUUUUCCUUUGAGGCCUUUGUUAUCUUCCACUAUGUUUUUUUUUUUCAGUGGAAUUUUUAUGUGUAAUUCACUGAACGGGAUGAAAUAUGUGGCCAAACUGUUUUAUUAAGACUGUAAAUUGUAAACAAGCAUACUUAUCUUUCUGCAGAGGGAAGAUUGCAUGUUAGGUUGUAAAUAUGUUUUAAUAUUAAAAAUAUCAGCUUCUGC